AUGAGCAACGAUCAAAGAGAACGAUGUGAGAAGAUCUCUCCCGACUGCCCCCUCGAAGACACCAUCUACGGCUAUGUUCCUAACAUGGGCGGCAACGCCUUCUUCGGCGUCGUCUUCGGUAUCUGCACUCUCGUCCAAGUCUACUUCCUUAUCCGCUACUGGCGUCUCUGGAAAGGCUAUACCAUCCUCGUCCUCCUCGGCAGCCUGAUCGAAUGCUGCGGCUACGCCGGCCGAAUUCUCAUGUCGAAGAACCCGUGGGACGGUGCAGCUACAUCCAUUCAGUUCGUGCUUCUCAUGGUCGGCCCAUCGUUCCUUGCUGCAGCACUGUACAUGACGCUUCGAGCUUUGGUGCAGUACUUUGGGGAACAGUAUACCAAGCUUCCAGCGAGGCUUUGGACAUGGCCGUUCGUUACUGCUGAUAUGCUGGGGUUCUUCUCGCAGUGCGUUGGUGGUAUUAUGGCGUCGAUGACGGAGAAGUAUCCUGCUGUUGGAACUGCUGGUAGGGCAGUCAUGGUGUUUGGCGUAUCAUUCCAGGCUGUCGUCAUGGCUAUUGCAGGUAUUCUUGCUACCGACUUUGCUUUGCGUAUGCGUCGACAACGGGGAAGUGUCUUCAGGAAUCUGCCUAAAGACCUUAACAUCUUUCUGAUCUCUCUGACGGUUGUAUUCCUUCUCAUUCUCACCCGCUGUAUCUACCGUAUCCCUGAGUUGGCUGGCGGCGUUGGUGGACAUAUGAUGCGACAAGAGGUUGAGUUCAUGAUCCUUGAUGGCUGUAUGAUCGCCAUUUCCGUUCUUCUGCUCUCCGUCACCCAUCCCGGUAUCUACGCCACCGCUAUUCAUGGCCGGGCCGACCAUCGAUCCAAGUCAGUCAGACUCAUGGAUCUUGAAUCAAGAGCAUCUCGAGACGGAUCUCGCAGAGCACCUUCAGACAGGUCACGCAGAGGACAUUCAAGCAGAUCACACAGAUCACCGUUAGGCCGAUACGAACCACGACGGGAGCAUCGACUUGAGCCUUCCGACUAA